AUGGGGGAAUGUGGAAGUAAUUCUGGAUGGAUGUCACUUAAUUGCCAAUUAGCUUGCGGAACUUGUACAAGACCGCCUGUUACAAGAAGACCGCCACAAACACAAGCAGCUACUCUUCCCUUUCGUUUUCCCAACAACCCUUUUAUACAAACACAUUCAAGACAGCCACAAACAUUUCCUCAUUUAUUUGUUACACGAACAUCCCCUACAACACACCCAACAACACACCCAACAACAACACAAACAACAACAACAUUUAGACCUCCACCCCCACCCCCACCUCCAACAACAACAACUAUACACACAACAACAACUACACAAACAAUAGUGUCUAACCCAACAGAAAGGUGCAGACAAAUACAAAGAGAUCCCUCUAAUGCUGCUGAAGUUUUACUUAGAGAAAGAUUAGUUGUUGCAACUGAAGAUAAUUCUGGUCGUCAUCCUCUAACACAAGAACAAGUUGUUCGUUCCAACAUUGCAAAUGCUUGUGUUCCUAGGUUAGAUGAAGCAGAAUGUGAACGAUUAAUGCCUCCAGAAUAUGAUGGGGGAUUGUCUGAACCUGUUUCUUCAAUUACAAAUAUUCGCCCUAGUCCUAGAGAAAUUAAUCGACAAGUUUUAUCUACUGCCAAGCAAGUAGUCCAUCAAGAAUACAAUGCUUUAUUAAUGCAAUUUGGCCAAUUUAUGUCCCACGAUAUGGCAAAAACUACUUUGGUGCCCUCUGCCAAAUGUAAUGUUUGUCAAAAUAUUCCUUCUCGAUGUAUGGCAAUAUUCCUCGCCCCCGCAGACCCAAAUUCCAAUUUCCGAGCGGAUGGAUGUUUGAGGGUCUCCCGUUCCUCUCCAAUUUGUGGUUCGGGCAGAACUAAGCCUCGACAACAAUUAAGUGAAAAUACUGGAUAUAUUGAUGGAUCUCCGAUAUAUGGCUCUUCUGUUGGGGAUUUACACAAAUUUAGAGAGGGCUCUACUGGAUUUUUGAAAUUAAAUAAUUUUAAUGGAAUGCGUCUAUUACCUUUUGAUUCUUCAAAAUGCCGCAAUUCUGGGGAUUGUUCUGCAACAUUUAUUGCUGGAGAUAGUAGAGUAAAUUUAUUUUUGGGAUUAACCUCCUUUCAUUUACUACUUACAAGAGAACAUAAUCGAAUUGCUUCCCGUUUACAAAGACUUAACCCUCAUUGGAACGGCGACAGACUUUUUCAAGAAACUCGAAAAAUUGUUGGGGCAGAAAUUCAAGCUAUUUGUUAUAGAGAAUAUUUACCUAAAGUUUUGGGGUCUUCUUUUGCUUCUACAGAUUCUACAGUAGCUAAUGAAUUUACUUCGGGGGCCUAUCGUUUUGGUCAUGGAAUGAUACAAGAAUUUUAUCAACGUUUGGACGCUUUCAACAGAACAAUUCCUUUUGGGGGCUUCGCCUUUGUAGAUGGCACAUUAAAAUCUGACCGUCUAAUUUUCCAAGGAGGAAUAGACCCAAUAAUUAGAGGGAUGAUGUCACAGCCUUUAAAAAGGCCUCAAAGGUUAACUAGAACGGUAACAGAACAAAUGUUUGGAACAACUGAUUUGGGAACAAUAAACAUUCAGCGAGGUCGAGAUCACGGAUUGCCUUCAUAUUUACGUUUUCGACAACUUUGUGGAUUACCUGGGGCAUCAACUUUUGAUCAUUUAAGCAGAGAAAUAUUAAGUGUUGAAGCUAGAAAUAAUUUACAAAGAAUUUACGGAUCUCCAGAUAAAAUUGACUUUUUUGUUGGUGCUUUACUUGAAGAUCCGGUUGUUAGGGGGCUUGUUGGGCCUACUGUUGCUUGUGUAAUUGGCCCCCAAUUUGCCCGUACACGAGACGGUGACCGUUUUUAUUUUGAAAAUCCUGGAAUAUUUACAAGAGCACAACUAGCAGAGAUUAGGCGUUCAUCAUUAGCUAGAAUUGUUUGUGAUAAUGCUGAUGAUAUCAGAAUUGUCCCGAGAGAAGCUUUCAGAACUGGACCUCUAGUUUCUUGUUCAGAAAUUCCUCAAAUGGAUUUAACCAGAUGGAGGGAAUUCUAA